CGCACGUUAGUACGAAAUGGUGCGCCGCGCUUGGAAUCCGAGCCGAAUUGCGCUUUGAGAUCCACGAAGGGAGGGUCGCGCAAGGGCGAGCGCGGAUGCAGACGCUAACGUGGACAUGAGGAUGACUGUUUGAACAGGCGGCAGCUGCGUAGGCGUCAAGAGUGGCAAGUUACAACCUGACGACGCCAACAGGAGAAAACCCAGAUUCCAAAGCGAGAUGACCGAAACCAAAUGGACGCUUUCACCUGUGAUUGUGUCGUGUGCAGUCACUAAUACCUUCAAGAACACAUGUGAAUUUCCCGAGUAAAGAAAUCAACACAUCGACUUUCAUUCACAAAGUGUACCGAAGAGGCGGUCGCUCGUGGUAACGUGAAUGGCGGCCGCACAAAACAGCAAGCCGGCUUUCGUUACGCAACAAAAGGCUCUCCUUCCGAUACCGCGUGCCCUUAAAGCUGACAUGUGUAAGCCACGCGAGACGGCAAGCUGAGACUCCUUGGCGAGGGAAAAGCAGGAUGUUUCCCGUUGCGUCCCGUCUCUCGAGCCAGAGCAGCGCCAACCCCGCCGCUGCGGCCUUGCUCCUCUCCCUUUGUCUGGGCUUCCCUCCCCGGGCGCUCACGUGCCCGCCAGGCUGCAUUUGCGCGAGCGAUAUCAUUUCUUGCAGCGGCCGCAAUCUGUCCGCGCUGCCCUCUGACCUCCCCGGCUACGCCGCGCGCUUAGACCUGAGCCACAAUUCCCUGACUGCGCUGCCCGCCGAUUGGAUAGCGCGGCCGUUCGAACGACUCGCCGCGCUGCUUCUCGGCCGCAAUCGCAUCGGCCGAAUUGGGGCGCGGGCCUUCGCGGUGACACCUCAUCUCCUGCACUUGGACCUGUCCUCUAACAAACUAUCAGUGCUCAAUUCAUCUGUCUUCGCCGGCCUCACGGAGCUGCAAGAGCUUUUACUGUUUGAUAACCAGAUUGUCCAGAUCAAUCCUAGCGCCUUUAGCGGUCUCCGCGGCCUGGUGAAGCUCUACCUGUCCGGGAACAGGCUAACAUCGCUCCCCGUAAGUCUUUUGAAUGGAGAAGGAGCGCUCAACCUGACCUUUCUUGACGUGUCCUCCAACGGGCUCUCCAGUGUGCACGUUCGCACGCUGCUCUCUCUGAGCCAACACGGUGGAAUUUAUUUGCAGGGUAACCCUCUCAUUUGUGACUGCGCUUUUCUGGCUCUGCUCGAGUACUGGACGUGGAAGCAGUACGGCCCCCUGUUGGACUUUCGAGAUGGCUACCCGUGUAAGGACGACGUAGGCCUGAAGCUGAAUUGCAGCCUAAAGGAGGAGGUGUCCGGUGAGGGCGGAAGCUACCGUGUUGAUCCGGGUAAACGUUUGCGGUUGGCGUGCCCCGGCUUCGCCUCGCCUCCGACGAAGGAUCCGGCGGUAUUCUGGGUCACGCCCACAACAGUGCUCAAUUCACCGGCACACGAUCCAAGCGCUCACCUGGCAGUCCUCCCUAACGGCAGCCUGGAGAUAAGAGGAGCGCUGACGGAGGAUUCCGGAGCGUACGUGUGCGUGGCAGCCCGCGGGCGCCGUUAUGACCUCGACGCGUCUCCCGAAGUCAACGUGGUCGUGGGGAACACGAGCUCGGUCGCCGCCAGCGGCUCGGCCCGCCGCAGCGGCGGCGAGCAUUUCAACACGGCUUUCACCACCCUGGCUUCCUGCGUGGUCAGCAUCGUACUGGUGCUCCUCUACCUCUACCUGACGCCGUGUCGGUGCAGGGAAAACAGGGGCGGCGCCGGGGGAGGGUGCGGAGGACGAGCUAUCGUCCUCUGUUCGGACCCCAGGGAAGUUGAGUCGGGACAGCGGCGGUCCAAUGGGAAAAGGGUCGCCUUCUUGGAGCCCCAAAUGGAGGACUUUGAUACCGCUGGUGCAAAGUCACCAGUUAUCAACACGAGUCACGUCGGCACUGAGGGAAUUCUUAAAAACGGAAGCAGGACAGUGGGGCAGACCCUCACAGACACAACCCUCGUGGUAUAACGAAAAAUAGAGUUUUACAUACAAGCUGAAAAUACGCAGUACGUGACAUAGUUGGGGAUUUUCAGCUUCCGGGUGAAAUGGCAGGCAGGAUGCUUUUGUGUGAGUAGUGUAUCUGAAUUUCACUAUUAUCCCGCCUGUAUAUAUUUAUAUGAAGGCUCCAUACGGAAACGUUACGGCUAACGCGGGAACCGGCGACAGCAGAGAUGGCAAAGGGCGGCGCGACAAUCGCGCUCGAGUCGAUCAGGCGCCGCAGCGGUGAAGCUCAUUGUCAAGUCUGACUCAAGUUUUGCUCAUUAAAAGACGUGUCAUGUGCUGUGCAAACGCCACCAUAGAAACCAACCCCACCUUGUCUGAUUAGAGCUCAAACUGUGUCUGCUGUGUCUUCAAGUGAUUGCACAUGGAGAAAGGAGCAAUUCUACGUUUGACCACCGUCGCUACUGUAACACGUAUAUGACUCUUUCGAUAAGUUGGAGCAACGUAGCACUCGCCAGCAAGAAUAAAACGAAGCGAUGCAUUGUGACGGAGUUAUAUCAUGCACUUGUUUAUAUGUACAACAGUUUGUUUCGUGAGAUGUCUUCGCACCAAAUCGAUGCAGAAAGUGGCAGGCUAAAUGAUGUCAGAGUGCACAUUUUCACGUGUGCAAACGGCUCGUUGGAAUCCCCUCGCGGACAUGACUUUAAUCUUAUGGGACGUCCAUGUUAAAAAAAACAAUUGUCUCUGCGUAACUCAGCAAUGGCUUGCUAACAUCACCAUUUCAACUGUGUGCAUUAUUGUUAAAAAUGUUCUCUUCAAAUCUCUGACUCUGUCUAGUACUACAUACACGAUCGGAUCGCACCAGACUGUAACCCGCAUCUAGAUACAGUGGCUAUAAAAAGUCUACACACCACUGUUCAAAUGCAAGAUUUUUGCGAUAUCAAAGAAUGACAGCAAGAUAAAUGACUUUGAAACCUUUUUCCACCAUUAACCUGGCCUAUAAACCGUGCAAAUCAAAUGAGGGGAAAAAAAUAAUGGAAUGUUUGAGAGGGGAAGUAUCAAGAAACCACUGAAAUAAUGUGGUUGUAUUAGUGUGCACACCCUCUCGUAACCAGGGCGUGGCUGUGUUUAGAGUCAACAAUCACGUUCGUGUUAAACGGGGGUCAUCUCACACCCGCCGCCAUUUAAAGUGCCUCUGAUUAACCGCAAAUAAAGUUCAGGUGUUUGUCGGCUUUUCCUGACAUUUUAUGCUUUCGAGCAGACGCUUGAAGGUUCUGCGUUAACGCUGACUGGUAUUUGUCACGGUUCAUAAUUCCCUCCACCUUGAAUAAGGCGUCAUGUUCGGCUGAGGAAAAACGUCCCCGUAGCGUGAUGCAGCCACUACCACGCGUCGCUAACUAUAUUGUGACCUUUUGGUGAGGACCAGUGUUGCGUUUGCAGAAAAUUCUGCAGGUUUGGCACAGGUUUUUUAUUUUUUUUUUUUUUUAAAUGAUUCAUCUUAUUUGUUUUAAUUCCACAAAAAACAAUUCAAACUCGGGUGUGUCAACUUUUUAUAUCCACUCUACAGCUCCAAAUGUCACCGAAACAAAUGGUGAGAUGCUGUCAAGGGAACUGAUACGCAUAUGAUAUGCCACAUUAGCUUUUUAGCAUUCGCGAUGAAGUUGAACAGUGGCAGGCGAAUGACCGAUGCAUAUUUCCAGUCGCUCUUUCUUUCGAAUAAAAAGCGUUUCUUAUCUAUAGCCCGAUUCAUGGAGCGAGAGGUUCCCAAGCAAAGUAACUUUCGGAAGGACUGACCCUUAGCGCCUGAGAAAAGAAAGGCAGCGGUCAUUCAGGCCAUAUUGUUGUCUCCCAAUGAGGAAAAGUGUGACCCACAUUCUCCCUUUGUCUGAUAUUUUUAGACGUGUGGUGUCGUCCCAAGGUGCCAAGAAGCUUGUGUUGCUUCUCCACGUGUACUGUCCACACAAUAUUACAUAUUUUAGUUUUGAUGUUUCAUUAGAAUCCACAUAAACAUAGUCAAGUGUAUUGUCAUGAGUGCGUGUUGCACAUUUUCUAAAUAAAAGGUUGACUUUUAGAUGGUUCUGUGUUGUUUUGUACAUAAGAAGUCAAUUUUAGGUGCAAUGUGGAAAUGAAGUCAGUUUGGGUGAUAAAAUGAAAAGUAGUGUUACAUCAGAAGGAUUUAAAGCAUGCCAAAUAACCUC